CCUUCUAUUCAUUGCCUCACUCUCCAUCUUCUUCUUCUUCUUCUUCUUCUUCUUCUUCUUCUUCUUCUUCUUCUCCUUCAUCAUGCACAUUGUCGCAGAACCCUAAUCCAGAUCUCACAUUCCAAACCCUAGCCUGCCAGAUAUUCAUUUUUCUUCACAAUUUAUCUGGGAUUUCUUUCGUCUUUCAGUUUCGAUUCGGGUUUUUCAUUUUGUUACUUAAUUUUUCAUGUUCUUGCUUGUCCGUCCAUUUUUUCUUGGAUCAGUUUAAUUACUUGGGUCAGGGGUUAACUUUCGUAUUACUGGGAAGUGAAGUGGUUUAAAUAUUUUCAAGCGCGGGCUUGCUAAUCAGUUAUUAGAUGGAGGCAUCAAUGGCUUUAAUGAUCUUAUCAGCCAUAGCGGCGUAUUUAUUUUGGUUCAAGAUGAUCUCACGGUCAAUGUACGGUCCACGUGUCUGGCCGGUAGUCGGCAGCCUUCCGGGUCUCAUCCAGAACGUGAACCGGAUGCACGACUGGAUCGCCGAUAAUCUCCGCGCGUGCGGUGGCACGUACCAGACGUGCACCUGUGCCAUUCCCUUCCUGGCACGCAAGCAAGGGCUUGUGACUGUCACAUGCGACCCCAAGAACUUGGAGCACAUUCUGAAGCUUCGGUUUGAUAAUUACCCCAAGGGUCCUACCUGGCAAGCUGUGUUCCAUGAUCUGCUUGGUGAUGGGAUCUUCAACAGUGAUGGUGACACGUGGCUGUUCCAGCGCAAGACGGCGGCACUGGAAUUCACCACCCGAACGCUCCGCCAAGCCAUGGCCCGUUGGGUGAGCCGAGCCAUCGAGCUUAGGUUUUGCCCGGUUCUUGAGACGGCUCAGAACGAAGCUAAGCCUGUAGAUCUUCAAGAUCUCUUGCUCCGGCUCACUUUCGAUAACAUAUGCGGGUUGGCCUUCGGGAAAGACCCACAGACGCUAGCUCCGGGCCUUCCCGAAAAUGAAUUCGCAAAUGCUUUCGACGGAGCCACGGAAGCCACGUUGCAACGCUUUAUCUUGCCGGAAAUCAUUUGGAAGUUCAAAAAGUGGCUUGGGCUCGGAAUGGAAGUCAGCUUGAACCAUAGCCUCCAUCGCAUCGAUAAAUACCUAUCCGCCAUCAUCAACGCGCGUAAGCUCGAGUUGGAAAGCCAGCAACAAGGUCUUUGCAAUGGGACCCCACAUGAUGACUUGUUGUCUCGGUUCAUGAAGAAAAAUUCCUACUCCGACAAAUUCCUCCAACAGGUGGCGCUCAACUUCAUCCUAGCUGGACGUGACACGUCAUCGGUCGCGCUGAGUUGGUUCUUUUGGUUGGUGAUUCAAAACCCACAAGUUGAGGAGAAAAUCCUUUUUGAAAUUUGCACCGUUCUGAUGGAGACACGUGGCAGUGAUACUUCCAAGUGGGUGAAAGAGCCCUUGUUCUUUGAAGAAGUUGAUCGACUGACAUACCUUAAGGCCGCAUUGUCCGAGACCCUAAGGCUUUACCCUUCCGUUCCACAAGACUCCAAGCAGACAAUCAACGACGACAUUUUGCCGAGCGGGACUUUUGUACCGGCCGGAUCUUCAAUCACAUAUUCAAUCUACGCAAUCAGUCGCAUGAAGUUCAUUUGGGGUGAAGAUUGCCUAGAGUUUAAGCCGGAGAGGUGGUUGUCUUCUGAUGGCAAAAAAAUGGAGGCACAAGAUUCUUACAAAUUUGUAUCUUUCAAUGCCGGUCCGAGAAUUUGCUUAGGCAAGGAUUUAGCUUACUUGCAAAUGAAGUCAAUCGCGGCAGCGGUGCUGCUGAGGCACAGGCUCGCGGUGGUGCCAGGCCACCGGGUUGAGCAGAAGAUGUCAUUGACAUUGUUCAUGAAGUAUGGCCUCAGGGUUAACGUGCACCCUAGAGAUUUGACGCCUAUUUUGGCAAAAAUAGGCAAGGGUGGCCAAUGCGGAAAAGAAGAUGUCGAUAUUGUGGUUUGAGAGGGCUGGCAUGCGAAGAUGGUGC